AUGACCGACGCCGAUAUGAGUCAAUCCUUGGUUUUAACUAUGACACAAUCUCAGGGAUUGUAUCAUAAGCUAGACCCUACAUUGAAACAAAUCCGUCUCGUUACUAUCGAACCUGGUAAAUGGACAGAUGACAUCCAGUGCACACUCCGUGAAACUUCGCUAGCCGAUUCGGAACCCUAUGAGACACUCUCCUAUGUCUGGGGAGACCACACGAAUACGAAGAAUAUUAUUGUGAAUGGAAGUAAUUUCAAUGCUACAGCAAACCUCGAAUCAGCCCUCCGUCAUCUACGCCGCUACACUCCGCGGACUAUGUGGAUUGAUGCGAUAUGCAUCAACCAGCAGGACCUGGGAGAGCGUGCUUCGCAAGUGAGCAUUAUGCGUGAUAUCUACCACGGAAGUAAUAUGACAGUUAUAUGGCUGGGUGACGGGGACGAACGUGUCGAGUCAUUAUUCGAUCUCGCUCGACGGUUUUACAAUCAAAGUUACGAGGACUAUAGGCCUGCUCAAAGGGACCAGCCGCUCAUACGAGAAGUGAGACGCACCGAAGAUCGACGUCAGACCAUUAAUUUCCUGAUCACAGAUAUACUGGGGCGACCCUGGUGGACCAGAGCAUGGGUGUUUCAAGAGGCCGUGGUAUCUGCCGAACUACUAGUGAAAUGCGGAAAUCAUGAAAUUACGUGGUUGCCCCUCUCGUGGCUUGCCAAAGUUUUAUUCGGUAGCACAUACUUUACCAGUUUCCUUGAUCGAGUCUCCAUUGGGAAGCUUGAAGAUGUGAUUAAGAUCCAAAGAACGAGAGAAGCAAUGGAAAAAGGCCAUGAAAUAUCGCUUACGCAACUCCUUGCUUGGAAUAAACGCCAGCGGUCAUCAGAUCCCAGGGACAAAAUAUUCAGCCUGCUCGGUUUGGCACGUGGUGGGCCAGGAAAUGCUAUACAUCCUGACUAUUCGGUGAAUAACACACUACUGGAUGUGUGCCUUGGCCUUGUUGUGCAUUCUAUCAGGGAUUGGGGUGGAGAGCCAUCACUUGUCAAAGACUUUUGGAAUAUCCCCCCAUCCGACUAUGACGCAUCUCGGUCAAGGUCUCCUGAAUAUAGAUUGCUUCUCGACGUGCCGGCUCUAAAAGCUGUAGGCAUUUAUGUUGACACCAUUGAUUGUCUGGCAGUAACAUAUGAUCCUGAUAAACACGGAGCAUGGUCUUCAUCGAGACCCGAUCCGUGGGUGGCCCUCUUAACAUCGUAUUUUGAGAACCCAUCCCAUAUCCCGGAACUCUCAAGCUGGAUAUAUGCACUUCCCAAGUCUGAAACUUUUAUGGAAAUGGGGGAAUCGUUGUCGAAUGAAUUUCAAUAUCAAAAAAGCUUUGUUACAAUGUCGAUCAAGUUACUGAAAAAGAUAAGGGAGUCAACAACUGGCCGUGACUAUGUCGGUGGGGGCUCGCUGGCCCUCGCAUACCUCCGAACGUUGAUGGCGGAUACAUGGGCCAUUGGCUACAGAAAUGGGGGUAUGGCUAACCCCUUGUACUUUGAUGAACUCAUUGCCAUUGAGAAUGAAUUUACACCAAGUGAUGAAGCCACUGAAGAGGACGAUACUGGCUAUGUCAUUGGCAAAGAGUUCGUAAAGAUUUACUGUUAUGGUGUGUCAGUGCUCAAUUACGCUAUUGAGCGCGCAACCUCAUAUCGUCGGCUGAUGAUCUCCUCAAAGGGUUACAUAGGCCUGGUGCCGCCGAAGACUCAAGAAGGAGAUCUCGUAUGUGUUCUGUUCGGUUGUUCUGUGCCUGUUAUUCUCCGCAAGCAAGGGUCUCACUAUAUCUUCAUUGGUGAGAGUUACGUGCAUGGCAUUAUGGACGGAGAGGCAAUUCAGAUGAUGAAUGAGGGACACCUAGUCGAAGAGGAGUUUACUUUGGUAUAG